UUGUUCUUUGGUCUAAUGGAUUUUGCUCCCAAUUCUGGAAACCUGAAACAAGAAACGAUUGAAUUGGAAAUUGUUCAAAAUGUGGAAGAAGUACAAGCUGUUCAAAUAACAGAGCAGAAGAAAAAAGUUCACCAUAGAUUCGAUCUAAACAAAACGUUUUAUUAUGAGGAUGGAGGAGAGUUUCAUCCCGGAGAUGGAGAGUUUCAUCCUGAAGAUGGAGUUGUUCAAGAAAUGAAAAAAGAGGAAAAAGUUCAACAUGAAUUCGAUUUAAACGACACGAGGAUUUGUUAUGGCCAUGGACAGCUUCAUCCCUAUAAAAAAAGGGAACAAGUCGUCGUAGAUAUGCUUAAACUUUUGAUGCCGAACAGUUUUGGAUGAAGAAUAGACAGUUUUUUUGGUUUGAUUAAUAAGUCUGUUGAUUACGUCCGAGUUCAAUAAAUUUUUCAUGGUUGCAGCCGCAGGAAUAAAGAUAUCUAUUUUUUGA